AUGAAGUUUGGGAAAACUUAUUUAACUCAUCAAAUUCCAGAAUGGUCUAUUUAUUAUAUGAAUUAUAAACAUUUAAAAAAAAUUAUAAAAUCAAUAGAUAGUAUAAAAAAUUCAGAUAUUGAAUUUGAUGAAAAUAAAUAUCCAGAAAUAAUAUCGGAAACUUUAAGUUCAUUUUUUUUUGAAAUUGAUAGAAAUAUUGAAGAUGUUGAUGAAUUUUUUAAUAAUAAAUUUAAAGAAUAUAAAAGAAGAUUAAAUAAAAUUAUUUCUGUAUUAAAUUUUAAAGAUAAUUUAAUAAAUUAUAAAAUUGAAAGUAAAGAAGAAUUAGAUGAAAUUAUAAGUAUAUUAAUAGAAUUAAGAAUUUUAUUUAGAAAUUUAAAAUGGUUUGGUGAAUUAAAUCAUAAGGGAUUUAUAAAAAUUUUAAAAAAAUUAGAUAAAAAGCUAACUUCUAUAUUAAAUGAAGGACAAGUUAAUAAACUGGAAUUAUCAAAUAAUAAUAAAGAAGCUUAUUUGUCAACAAGAAUUGAUGCAUUACCUUUUGCAAAUGAAACUGAAUUAUCAAAUAAUUUAGAUAUUAUUCAUAAAAUUUUAUUACAAUUAGGUACAUUAGGAUUUAAUAAUAAUGAAGAAAUUAAAUUAGAAUCUUUGAAUUUAAACACUAAUCUAGAAUCUUUUCAACAAAUCUUGGAAGAAGAUAAUGUUGAAGAAUUAUCAAAAGAGCUACUUAAAAAUAAAAAUGAUAAAUUUAAUAUUUCUUUAUUAAAUAAAGCAGCAUUAAAUAACUCAACAAAAUGUAUUGAUUUAAUUUGGGAAAAUUUAAAUAAUCUUUAUGAUAAUAAAGAUAUAAAUGGUAGAAAUUUUUUUCAUCAAAAUAUUAUAAGUCUUGGUAAAAAACAAUUUAUAAAAGAAGAACAAUUAACUCCUGGUGAUUCCCCCAAUUGGUUAAUUGGUAGUACUAAUGGUAGUGAUAAUAAUAAUAUAAAUAAUACAAGUGGUUUACUUUAUAUAUUAAAUAAAUUAGAUGAUAAAGAUAAGAAUUUAAUUAUAUCAAAAGAUCAUUAUAAUAGAACUCCAUUACAUUAUUCAGCACAAUAUGGAUUAGUUCAAGUAACAAAUAUUUUAUUGGAUUUUUAUACAAAAUGGAAAUUAAUAGAUAAAACAAUUUCAAUAGAUAACAUCGACGAAUGGGGUGAUCAAGAAAGUUUAACUCCUUUACAUUUAUCAAUUAUUGGUAAACAUCCAAAAACAACAGAAAUUUUAAUUAAAUUUAAUAGUGCAAAUACAUUAACAUGUCCAGAUUUAUUAUUAUUAUCAGUAAAAUUAAAUUCAAGUAGAAUUUUAAAUUCUCUUAUUAAUGAUGGUAAAAUUGAUAUAAAUUAUACUAAUAUAAAACAUAGAAAUGAAACUGCUUUAUAUAUUGCAACAAAAUUAAAUUUAUAUGAUGUUGUUGAAUUUUUAUUAGAAUCAAAUUCAAAUACAGAAAUUGGUGAAAAAAUUUUUGGUUGGACUCCUAUUUUUAUAGCAGCAUGUGAAGGAUAUAAAUCUAUAGUUCAAUUAUUAAUUGAUUAUGAUGCAAAUCAUGAUAUUGUUGAUGAUUCAGGCUGGUUACCAAUGGAACAUGCAUGUUUAAGAGGUCAUUUAGAAGUUGCUGAUUUAUUAAGACCAAAAAAUGAAAAUUUAUUAUUAUAUGAUACUUAUCAUCCUGAAAAAAAUUUACCAAGAAUUCCAAGUGAAGCUGCAAGUCCUUUAUUACAAGCUACAACACAUUCAAAAGAUGAUUUAGAUUUUAAUAAUAGUAUUGAUAAAUUACCUGAAUCUCAUAAACAUGCAGUAAAUGAAUUUUAUAAACAAUUAAAAAAUAAUAAUUCUUCAAAUAAUGUUUCAAGAAGUGUUUCACCAAAGAGAAGAAAAAAAUAUAAACCAAUUAAAUCUUUUGGUCAUAGAUAUUUAGGAGAAGAUGAAAAAUUAAUUUUAAUUACUUUGGGGACAACUGAUUUAAGAGAUGAUAAUGUCCCAGUUGAAUUAAAUAAAAUUUCAUUAGCUAAAUCUUUUGCUACAGAAUUAGAUACUGCAUUAUCAUUAUCAAUUACAUGUCGUCAUAAAUUAACAAAUCAACCAGUUGAACCUUCGGUGGUUGUUGAUUUACCAUUAGAAGAUUAUCAUGGAAGUGCAACUGAUCCAAUUACUUUUAAAUUAAAUAAUAAUUUACAAGUUGAAGAUAUUAUUAUAACAUUUGAUUUAAUACCAACUUAUCAAGUUAAUAAAAAAAUCUUAGGUAGAGCUAUUGCUUUAUUAAAAGAUGCUUAUACAAAAGUUGGACCCAAUUUAAGAUCUUUGAAUAAUAAUAUAACUAUUCCUAUAAUAGAAUCAACAAAUUUAGAUAUAUUAGGAUUAAUUAGAUUUGAAUAUUUACAAGUAUUACCAUUUAAACAUCAUGCAAUGAAUAUAGCAAGAUCAGAUACUUAUUGGAAACAAUUAGUUUCAACAAGAGUUAUUGGUCAUAGAGGUUUAGGUAAAAAUGAAAGUGGUAGACAAUCAUUACAAUUAGGUGAAAAUACUGUUGAAUCAUUUAUUGCAGCUGCUUCAUUAGGUGCAUCAUAUGUUGAAUUUGAUGUUCAAUUAACAAAAGAUUUAAUACCUGUUGUUUAUCAUGAUUUUACAGUUGCUGAACUGGGUGUUGAUAUACCAAUGCAUUUAUUAACUUUAGAACAAUUCUUGGGAUUAAAUAAAACAAGAGAAAAAACAAAUCAUUCAAUGGAUGAUGAAAUAUUAAUUAGAUCAAAACCAAGAGCUAAAAGUUCAUUUCAAUUACAAAAUGGUUUAAAUCAUCACACACAUCAUCAUAAUGAAGAUUUUAUUGAUAAAGAAUUUGAAAGUCAAAUUAAUGAAAGAAUGAAAUUAACCAAGACAUGGAAAAAUAAAGGUUAUAAAGGAAAUGCAAGAGGUACAUCCAUAGCAUCAAAUUUUGUAACUCUCAAAGAUUUAUUUAAAAAAUUACCAAAAAAUGUUGGUUUUAAUAUUGAAUUAAAAUAUCCAAUGUUAGAUGAAGCAGAACAAGAAAGUAUGGGAGAAAUUUCAAUUGAUUUAAAUCUUUAUUUAGAUACUAUUUUAAAGCUUAUAUAUGAUGAAAAUUUAAAUAAUCGUCAUAUUGUUUUUUCAUCUUUCCAUCCUGAUGUUUGCUUGUUGUUAAGUUUAAAACAACCAACUAUGCCCAUAUUAUUUUUAACUGAAGCUGGAACUGCAAAAAUGGCAGAUAUAAGAGCAUCAUCAUUACAAAAUGCUAUUAGAUUUGCUAAAAAAUGGAAUUUAUUAGGUAUUGUAUCUGCAGCAAAAACAUUAGUUAAAACUCCAAGAUUAGCUCAAGUUAUAAAAUCAAGUGGUUUAGUUUGUGUUACUUAUGGAGUUGAAAAUAAUGAACCUGAAUUAGCUAAAAUUCAAAUGAGAGCUGGUGUUGAUGCUGUUAUUGUUGAUAGUGUUUUAGCUGUUAGAGAAGGGUUAAGAGAACAUAAUAAUACUGUUAAAGAAUUUGAAGAUUCAAGUAACAGUGAAUAG